UCCAUAUUCUUCCUGCACUUAUGCCGGUGGUAAAUAUUCCUGUAUCGUCCGACUGAGCGAUGAAGCUUUACCCAAGAAGCUCGUUAGCGGCGCAAAACUUGUUCAGAAGAUAACGUUCAUCAUCGCCAAGGCCACCGAAAGAUCUCCGCGAAACCCGAUGUCGGAUUGAUCUGCAUCUGAUAAGAUGAGAUUGAUAAUUAGCCCCACUAAGGGCCAAAAUCGCACGCGUCCCACCGACCGCUUGAAGCUCCAUAUCUGGCAGAGUACUCGUGUUGCGACAAGGUGUAGGAAAAGUCUGCAAUCCUCCGUGCAUCACCGCCUCCGUGCAAGGCUCCGGUACUGAGGGGUGCGCGAUGUAGUCCAGCGAUGUAACCAUGGAACGUAUAAGAAUGAACACGUCAAAGGCUUGACUGGCCUCGACACCUGUGCUUUAUGGUUCCAACUACACGACCAUCAUAACAUGCGUCUUCAAAGUGUCCUCCUCGCCUCAUUGGCUUCCCUUCUUGUACAUGCCCAGAACAACACGGCCCCACAAUGGCCAUGGCAAACCUUCAAAUCACGCCCAGGAUUCGAGCCUCCGGUGCUCUCUAUCAACAAGACUGGUACUACCUCGCCAGGGCAGAUUCUCUUCCCUUUGAGCGGUAGCGAAUCGCACAACUACAGCCUUAACAUUUUCCAAGAAGAUGGUGAACUAGUCUGGCAGUCAGGAUAUGGCGACUAUGCCGCAUUCCGAAGGACUACGCUCUUCGGCGAACCUGUACUUGCCUACUUCGCCGGUGUCUCUUUCAGCGAGCCAUGGGGUUUUGGAUAUGGGAUAAUCUAUAUCCUCAACCAACAGUACGAGAACAUAUAUAACGUCACGCUGUGGAACUCGACAUAUCCAUUAGAGAGCAUUUCUCCCCUGUACGAUCCCACGCAGUAUCAGCCUUUCAGCUGGAUCGACAUGCACGAGAAUCUCAUUACGCCCGAGGGUACAAUGUUCGUUGGAGCUGUGAAUGUUACGCCGUGGGAUCUGUCAUCUAUUGGCGGCCCAAAGGAUGGCUGGGUUGUAGACUCCAUUGUGCUGGAGCUCAACGUGACGAACAGUGAGGUACUUUGGCAAUGGAGCCAUCUCGACCAUGUGGAUCAGGUUUCGCUCGCCAGUGCUGUGCCUACAUAUCCGCUGGACGACCUAGGCAGGAACAGCAGUUAUCCCUGGGGACCGUUUCACAUCAAUUCCGUAGAAAGGUUUGACGACGGUAGUUUCUUGAUCUCGUCAAGACAUUACUGCUCAAUUUUCAAGGUCAACCGCAACGGAACGGUUGAGUGGACAUUGAAUGGCUAUUCCGGAGGCGAUUUUACUCUGAUCAACAACCUUUCAUUCUGCUAUCAACACGACGCGCGUCUACACCCCUCUCAACUGCCCAACACGACCACGAUCUCCCUCUUCAACAACGACAACAGCGCAGUUGUAUCUCAUGUCAACCAAACCACUGGUAUAUUUCUUUCGAUCGAUGAGCACAACAUGACCGCGUCGUUGCUACAAGAACUCGCCGACCCCGACGACACCAUUUACUCGGUCAGCCAAGGCAACAUGGAAGUGCUCCCUUCCGGUAACAUCGUGAUGGGAUACGGAAGCGUUCCAACGCUGAAGGAGUUCGAUCAAGACGGCAACGUAGUGCUAAGCGUAUCCUGGGGCGAAGCGGAGGCGGUACAGAGCUACCGCAGCUACAAGGCCGAGUGGGUUGGUAAGCCUAGCUCGAAGCCGGAUGUAUACGCGUGCAAGUCAAGCAAUGGUACGGAAGUCUACAUGAGUUGGAAUGGCGCUACGGAGCAUCGAGUUUGGACGGUAUUUGGCGGUGUAUCCAACGGAAGCUUGAGUGAGGUUGUCAGUGUUAACAAGACUGGUUUCGAAACAAAGGCAGUCGUGACUCAAUCACUUGGCUUUGUAAGAGUGGAGGCAAGUGGAAGAGAGAUUGAGAAUGGCGUCUCAAACGUCGUUGGUGUAGUUGAGAUGUGCUAGAUAGAGUUUGUUGCAUAUAGUAGUCACUUAGUGGAACGCGCAUCAAAAGACUAUAAGUAAUGGAUGAAGUCAAGCCUCUUUUCUUCAAGUACCAUUGGCAG